UUGUUCCUGUGAAAAAGUGGAUUUGCUGCUUCAGGACAGGCGGUUUUAGAGUAUAAUUUAUAAUGUUUUAAUUAACAAAUGUACAUAUGUUUUAGCACUAGAGGAUUUUAAUAUAAUAAUACAAGGACACAUGUGUGUUUUUGUUGAGAAAACUCGGCACUGUGACGCCUUCUGCUGCUGCCUAGCUCUCCAUCGGCUGAAGAAACAAUGCAGGCCUAGCUAGCAUCUGACGGUAGCUAGCGGAAGCUAAUCGGAUAACGCUGCUCCAGCAGACUGCAGUGGGAUUUAAACCUUGGACAAAGCCCCAUUUUUCGACGCUGCGAUAACAUCCAUUUCGCGAUGAGCUCUCAGCUGCAGGUCUUCUCCCCCCCCUCCAUCUCCUCCAGUGCCUUUUGCCGCGUUAAGAAGGUGAAGGUGGAGAACAAUGUUUGGGACGUGUCCACCUCCGAAGCUUACAGCUCCCUAGCGGGCCAGUCGGCAUACACCUUCGCCCCAGCCAUGGCCGUGGCACCCUUUGCACCAUCUCUGGUCUUCCCCCCCACAGCGCCCGGCUCAAGAGGUCAAGUGGUGGUGCGAGCCGCUGAUAGCACCGGCAGUCUCCCUCGUGGAUCCAGUCGGCGUGUGGUGGAGCAGGCCACGUCUUCCUCUUACGCUCACACAGAGACGACCUCCGAAACAAGGGGGCACAGGCACGGGCAGAAGAGAAAGAUGGAGGAGACCACUGAAGGCAGCGGGAGCGGUUGUGGCAGUGUCCAAAUAUUGGAGGAGCUCUCAGCCCCUGCAGCAACGUACUCCACCCGUACCGGGGGUGGCGGAGGAGGCACAGGCCAGUCUAUACCCCACUCAGCUACAACCACCAAGAGCAGCAGCUCCAACGGGGAGGGGGAUUAUCAGCUGGUGCAGCACGAGAUCCUCUGCUCCGUGUCCUGCAGCUAUGAAGUGCUGGAGUUUUUAGGAAGAGGCACGUUCGGACAAGUGGCUAAGUGCUGGAAGAGGGGCACCAAUGAGAUCGUGGCAAUCAAGAUCCUGAAAAACCAUCCUUCUUAUGCUCGUCAGGGCCAAAUUGAGGUGGGUAUCCUGAACCGGCUCAGCGCAGAGAACGCAGAUGAGUACAACUUUGUGCGUUCAUACGAAUGCUUCCAACACAAGGGUCACACGUGCCUGGUGUUUGAGAUGCUGGAGCAGAACCUGUACGACUUUCUCAAACACAGCAAGUUCAGCCCCCUCCCCCUGCGGCACAUCAGACCCAUCCUACAGCAGGUGGCUACAGCGCUGAUGAAGCUGAAAAGCCUCGGUCUGAUUCAUGCAGACCUGAAGCCAGAGAACAUCAUGCUGGUGGACCCCCUCAGACAGCCCUACAGGGUGAAGGUCAUUGACUUUGGCUCAGCGAGUCAUGUGUCCAAAGCUGUCUGCUCGACCUACUUACAGUCGCGCUACUACAGGGCUCCAGAGAUAAUUUUGGGUCUGCCAUUCUGUGAGGCCAUCGACAUGUGGUCUCUGGGCUGUGUGAUUGCUGAGCUGUUUCUGGGUUGGCCUCUCUACCCGGGGGCCUCUGAGUAUGACCAGAUCCGUUACAUUUCUCAGACCCAAGGCCUGCCUGCAGAGUACCUGCUGAGCGCGGGGACAAAGACCAGCCGCUUUUUCAAUCGAGGACCUGACUCCAGCUACCCACUCUGGAGGCUUAAGACCUCGUCAGAGCAUGAAAUGGAGAUGGGUAUCAAGUCCAAAGAGGCCAGGAAGUAUAUCUUCAACUGUCUGGAUGACAUGAUGCAGGUCAACCUGUCUUCUCAUUUGGAGGGCACGGACAUGUUGGCAGAGAAAGCUGAUAGACGAGAGUUUAUAGACCUCCUGAAGCGGAUGCUCCGUCUAGAUGCUGACAAAAGGAUCACGCCAACGAAGACUCUGGGUCACCCCUUUGUCACCAUGAGCCACCUCAUGGAUUACCCCCACAGCUCACAUGUGAAGUCCUGCUUCCAGAACAUGGAGAUCUGUAAGCGCCGGAGCUCCUACGAUAGCAGCAAAUCCUUGUACUCCACCAGCGCAGUGCCCAGCGCUGCCGCCGGCAACCUCACUGUUACCUUCAGUAGCCAGCUCAACCAGCAUAACCAGGUGCCUUCUGCGGGGGGGGCCGUGCCUUUGCUGAACUACCAGCCCGCUCUGUACCAGCAGGCGACCAUUAACAUUCCCGGGCUCGCUCAGCAGAGCGUCCCGAUCCCAACGCGUGCUGCUGGGCUGUGCAGCCAGACUGAACCCUUCCAGCAGACCCUCAUCGUCUGCCCACCCUCCACUAUCCAAGGGCUACAGGCAUCCAGUAAGAGCUCCAGUUACCCUGUGAGGAUGGAGAACUCUGUACCCAUAGUACCUCAGAACCAGGCUGCUCAGGCGUUGCAGCUCCAGCCCAGUAUGCUCACACAGGGUUCCUGCACCCCCCUGAUGGUGGCCACGCUGCACCCACCCUCAGCAGGCAUAGCACCCCAGUACUCCCUGCCCCUCGGGCUUGGAGGCGGGGUGGGUCGGCCCACCCUCCUGGAGCACACAGCCACAGUGCUGCAGGCCUGGCCCACUGGCACGCAGCAGAUCCUCAUCCCGUCGUCAUGGCAGCAGGUCCCGGGCGUGGCCAUCCACAGCUCCGCCCACCAGUCCACUGUCCCCGAGUCCCCCCUGGAAACACUUCACUCAGAAGCUGCCGCGCAGCAGGGACACAGCUGGAGGAAUACAGCCCAGGGCCGCAGCCAGCAGGAGAGGAAGAAGGUGAAGGCCAGACGGGGAGAGAACAGGAACAGGGGUACAUCUGCCGUGUCAUUGCUCAGCAGCAGCGGUGUGCCCCCGCUCAGCGCUGCGUGGUCGCAGCCCAUAGUCAUCUCCGACACACCCAGCCCAGCUGUCAGCAUCAUCACCAUCCACAGCGACACGGACACCGAGGAUGAGCGCAAGUUUCAUCCCGCCAGCAUCGGCCUGAGCCAGCGCACUAACGUCAUCAGCUGUGUGACGGUGCACGACUCGGACUCGUCCACAGCGAGCCCCCUGACCCCCCUCCCCCGCACGCUGAACCCAGCGGGCGGCGCGUCGUCUCGCCAGGCCAAGUCUCUGGCAGUGGUGGCGCCUUCAGUCAAAACCCAGGGCACGGAGCGAGGAGCUGCUUCACGUGGACGCCUGGACACUGUGAACUACAUAAAGCCGAAGAGAUCAUCCAACCGGCAGCCCUGCAGCUCCGGGGAGAGCAUGGAGCGGAACAGGCUGCUGCCGAGCCAGUCACACCCUUUAAACCUGAGUCAGGUCCAGCCGGUGGUCUCUUCCUCUCAGGAGCGCUCCCACAGCGACUCGUCUCUGCGCCGCCAGCCGACCUUCCCUCCGGUCGUCUCGUCUCACUACAACUUCCCCGAGGUGUCCGGCCCCGGCCUGUACGCCUACCCCGCCUCCACGGCCCUCUCCUCUGCCUCUCAGGCCAUGGAGCAGCUGCUGAGCCGCGGCCACGCCCCCCACGGACACUCCCCCUCCGCCUAUGCAGCACCGUACACCUCAGCGUCCUCCAGGAGGGACCCGUCCGGGCGGAAGGACUCGGUCAGCAGCCUGCUGCACGGCCUGCCCGCAGCCUACCAGCACCCGUUUGCCGCCGGCUCUCCGUACGUCAGCGUGACCCCCCGCGCCGAGGCCUACAGCGCCUACCAGCUGAGCCCCCGGCGCCUCACACAGUACCCCUACCUAUAGGGGGGCACACACACUUUUAACACAGAAAAAAAUCUACUUCCCACAUACUAUGACAAAGGGAGUUCAAACUGUAUCUCUAGUAGAAUAACUGUUGUUUGCUGCUUCUGACUCUAAGGCGGCGUCUCUCCGUCGACUCAUUAUCCCUCUUUCGGGUCGUUUUUUUAAAUGGUAUUAUUUGACAUUAUAUUGGUUUAUUUUCCCUUUAACAAUAUUGUUUAUAGCCCGUAUUUUAUCCCCAUCUUAUCCAGAUGUAUAAUUAUGGCAUUGUGGUAAAUGUAUUUUACUCCUGAUAAUCUUGAGGUGUGGUGUGAAGAGAGAUUAUCCUCCUGUCACGAGCUGACACUUUAGGCGAGCUUUUAGACGCCUGACUCACACGGCUAGUGAAGGGCUAGCUGACAAAGAGUUGCAAUUAUUCAUUUCUCAUGACCCAUGUUUUAAUGUUUUCACACUAAUCCAAUGAGGCCCUGUGUUUUUUAGCGAACGUAUUAAUGACUGUACCUUAACCCUAUGUCUGAUUACUCACAAAUAUGUCUUUUACUAUGUUCUAAAUUAUGUUUUGUCGGUGUGAGAAAGGAGGAGGAAGAAGGUCAGAGAAGAUGUGGAAUAAGAGAAAAGAUGUGGUGCAAACUGUGAUGGAUACAUGUUAAUUUAAGUGCACAUGUGAUGGUCUGUUAUUGUAGUGACAGUGUUUAGGCAAGAUUAAUCAUCUCCUUAUGCAAUAGAAACUUCUUUUUUUGAACUGCAUCAACUGAGUGCUGAAUGUAUAACUGAAGUACAGAGGGGGAUAACCAUCCACAGGAACGAUGUGAAAAGCUUUUGUUUUAAAUUGUUUAUGAAAAUAUUAACCUUCUUCCCUACUUUACUCUCCUUGAAAUAUUAAAAAAAUCCAGUUUUAUGUGGACCGAAUAAUAUUCUAUAUCUGUGAAUCCUGAUUGUGUAGGACCUGCUCAUUUACUAAAACUGAUUUAUGGCCAGUUUGAAAUGUUUUAUGAUCGAUAAAGGCAGCAUUUCUUCCUGUUUUCUCCCCAUGACACUUUGGAUAUGUUCACUAGGAAGUUGUAACAAACUACCCACACUGCUGUCCUGGUGAAAAUAAGAUCUUUUACCAAAUAGGCUUCUGUGUUACUCUGUCUGAUGAGAGCCACUUUAACAGUUAUGACCCUUAUAAGUCAAAGGUGGAUCUGUCCAUUCAAUGUACAUGAUGUAUUAACCCCAGAAUAUGUGCAUAAAUGUCCCCUUUGAUUUCACUCGCGUCUGAAUAUAACAUUUUGAAUUACAGCUCUUCACAUACGAGUUACUAGUGUGUACAGCAGGCACAGGUCUCGUCUGGAAACAGCUGAUUUUUGCCUUUUCCCGCCACCAUGUUUUAAUUCAAGGUGAACCUCGGGAUGGUUUCUGUGGGUUAUGAAAGCUUUUUAGAAAAUCGUUCCCUGUUGUGUUUGCAUCAGUUUUGUGUUGUAAUGUCUGAAUAUUUAACUGUAUUUCAUCUUAACAUAGUGUAGUUAAGAGGCUGUUUGGUAGAACUAAUUCAGGGAAAAAAGGUUUCAGCUCAAAUAAUCCACUGUCAGUUUUCAAUAAAAAUAACCACAAAUUCA